CAUGCUUGGGCCUGCCUGGCUGCCUCUCAGUUCCUCCGGCGCCUGCAGAGCCCUGCAGGGUGCAGACCCAGGCACACUGCCCACCCCCUCCCACCUUCCUUCCCCCCUCACACCCACACCAAGGAGGGGUCUCGCCAGGGGCCUGGCUGAGUGUGGGGCCAGCCCGGGGUCUCCGGACCCCACAGCAUGGAAGUGUCCUUCCGACUCCUGGCCUGCUUGGUGUGCGUCGUCCCGAUGGGAUCACUUGUGAGAACUAAGAGAGAUACCACUGGGAACUUGCUCAACACAGAGAUGAACAGUGCGCCCGCCCAGCGCUGGUCCAUGCAGGUGCCGGCCGAGGUGAGCGGGACGGCGGGCGAGGCCGCGGUGCUGCCCUGCACCUUCACGCACCCGCACCGCCACUACGACGGGCCGCUCACGGCCAUCUGGCGCGCGGGCGAGCCGUUCGCCGGCCCGCAGGUGUUCCGCUGCGCCGCGGCGCGGGGCAGCGAGCUGUGCCAGACGGCGCUCAGCCUGCACGGCCGCUUCCGGCUGCUCGGCAACCCGCGCCGCAACGACCUGUCGCUGCGCAUCGAGCGCCUCGCGCUGGCCGACGACGGCCGCUACUUCUGCCGCGUCGAGUUCGCGGGCGACGUCCACGACCGCUACGAGAGCCGCCAGGGCGUCCGGCUCCGCGUGACGGCCGCUCCGCGGAUCGUCAACAUCUCUGUGCUGCCAGGCCCGGGGCACGCCUUCCACGCGCUCUGCACGGCUGAAGGGGAGCCAUCGCCCGCCCUCACCUGGUCCGGCCCGGCCCUGGGCGACGGCUUGGCCGCCACUCGGAGCCCAGGUCAUGAUCCCGGCCACCAGGUGACCGCCGAGCUGCCGGCGCUGGCCCACGACGGCCGCUACACGUGUACGGCCUCCAACAGCCUGGGCCGCGCCGAAGCCAGUGUCUACUUGUUUCGUUUCCACGGCGCCUCCAGGGCCUCGACGACCGCCCUUCUGCUCGGAGCACUCGGCCUCAAGGCGUUGCUGCUGCUCGGUGUUCUGGGCGUUCGGGCCGCGGCCCAUCAUCGCCUAGAGCACCCAGUCACCCCGGACGCUCCGCCGAGGCCUCAGGCUCAGGAGUCCAAUUAUGAAAAUUUGAACCAGAUGAACCCCCGGGGCCCACCAGCACCUGUGUGUUCACCGUGAGGAGCCCACUGGCCACCUGCAUCCACUGGUUACCGCGAGGAACAAAGGCCAACAGGAGGCUUGGCUGGGACGGCCCUUCCUGGCUCCCGGGCACUGUAACAGCCCCAGCCCAGCGACACCCGGAGGUCAGGACCACGCUCACAGAGGCUCAGAGGUCUCCCGUAUGGACUUCGGUCUUCGAGCCCCAGCAAUAUUUCUCUCUAUGGGGCAGCAGUUUGAAAGUGUGUGUAUGUGUGUGUGUGUGCACAUGUGUGCACAGGAACCCAAGUGUGACCCUUCUGGAAAGCUCUUUUCACCUUUUCUUACUUAGAACAGAGCAAAGCAGGCAGGACAGUGGUCAGAGGGGUCUCCAGGCCCCGGCUCCAUCUGGGUUCUGUCACUGACUUGCUAUGGGGGCCAAGGCACUUUUUCACUUCUCUGUUGAACUUGUCUACUAUCGAACACGGACAGUUUUAUUCUUCCCUCCCGGCUUAGGGGCUCUCAGGGUCUGAGCACAAAGUGGACGUGGAAGGGCUUUGGGCAGUACAAGGCCGUCCACAGGCAUGAGCAGGGUUACAGGCUCCUCCUUGCAGAGCCGCCCUGGACCAGUGUAGCCCCCCGGCCCCAGCCCCGCUGAGAGUGAGGAGUCCAGAGAGCAAGCCCGGGGCUGGGCCAUGCCGCCCUGCAGUCCCAGGAACCUUGACUCAGCGGCGAGGACAAGUCCAGUGUUCCCUCACCCUGGGGUCUCCUCUGCGACUGCCCACACUCUGCCCACCUCUCACCCCGUCGGCUGCUCUGCCCUGCCUUCAGCUGGGACCUCUGGGAAGAGGAAACAAAACACUCAUCAUCUCAAAGCAUCUGAAAAUUCACUGUCCUUAAGGACCACAAGCCGGGAGGUGUGAGGACAGUCUGGGCCACAGGGGGUCCGUGGGUAAAGCAGCCGCAGCUCUGACCACCCUCCGCCUGCUUCUUCCUUGGAUGUGCACCAGCCAGAAGCCCCACGAGUUUCCCACUUGUCCGAGUGCUGCCAGGCUGCCUCCGGGCCAUGGCCUUCCAUCCUCACGCUGGAUCGUUUUAGCUCCUGCAGUCGUUGGGGACAGGUCCCAAGCAUGCUUGGGACCAGGACAAGCUGGUGAGAGAAAAGGGCCACAGAGAUGGGGGACUCUAGAGGCAGCAGAAACUCACUUUCUUUCCUCCAGAACUUUUCCAGAAGCUGCAGUGGCAGCUGGGGUCCUCUGGGGUGAGCACGGGGUCCUUUCUGAUGUUUUCUGCAGAGAUGGCGCAAAGGCUGAAGGGUCUUCACAUGUUAACAAGCAGGGUAGGGGGUUAGGAGGUUCCUCCCCUCCUCCUGGAGCCAUCGCCAGAGUAAAAGGGUGAUGGUGGCUCACGGUUAACUCAGGACCCAUCGGGAGCCUGUCUGACUUAGAGCGUCUGCCUGGUCUUUGAGGCUAGUUCCACAGCCAAGAAAAAGUGAUAGGAAUUGUAUCAUAUGCAUUGUUUUGUGCUAGCAGUUGGGCCAGGUGUUUGGGGAUAUAGAAGUGAGUAAGGCUGGGCUAGGUCAUGCUGCAUUAACAAACCCCAGUCACAGUGACUGGAGCAGUUAGGUUUCUUCUCUUCAAAGUUGCCUGCUUGGCACAGAUCAUCAAGAGGCUGUGUAUAUUGUACUUACUCAGGGACCCAGCCUCCCAGGGGCCCACCCUCUCUAAUGUGCAUUGCUGGGUUGGAUUAAAAAAAAAAUCUCCAGAAGGUCUUCCACUUGGGAUCAUAGUUCAUUGGCCAGAACUAGCCAGUGGGGAGGUCCCACUCCCCUCCAGGGGCUGAGCAGUGGGACCCUUCACCAUACCUAGAAGGAGGGAAGCCAGAGCCUUUGGGAACAGCCCUGAGGAUUCCACAGGGGGACUCUUUAGGGGUUCUCAUGCUUGUGAGCAACACAGACCAGUAAGUGGGAAUCUCAUAAGGGCAUCAGUCUGCUGGGGGUUCUGUAGGAGCGCCUAAAAAGGGGUGACUGACCCAGUCUUCCUGGAGGAGGGGACGUGGAGAUGGUACACAUCGGCCAUGUAAAUGGGGGAGAAUGGAGAUUGGGAGGUGAGGGGGAAAAAAAAUCCAGAAGGGACAUUCUGAGUGAAGGCCAGGAGGUGGGACGCAGCAUGCUGUCUAAGCAGUUUAAGUUGUUGGAGUGCGGGGCAGAGGCAGUGUGUCUGGAGCCGAGGCUGCAGCGUGGAGGCUCCUGAGCACAGAGGGUGCUGCCCCAGCAAGAAUGAGCAGCUGAGCCUGGGUUUCUACCUUUGGACCGAGCAGCGUUUUCCCGAUGGCUUCCAAGGAUCAGCUGCAUCAGGGACACCUGGGGAGCUUGUUCAACUCAUUCUCAGCACCCCCUGGACCCCCCAAAUCACAGGGUCUAUGAAGGCAGGGUCUAUAGACAAAAUAUCUGGGGGAUUUUGGCCCUAACUUUGUAAUAUGAUCAUUUUCAAACACACACACACAAACUGAUCACCCAGAUACCCACCACUUACAUUCAACACUUACUAACAUUUUGCCGUAUUAGUUUAAUGCGUGUGUGUGUGUGUGUGUGUGUGUGCGCACGCACGCGUGUGUAUUUGGCUGAACCAUUCGAGAGUGAAUUGCGGACAUCACAGUACUUGACCCUUAAACAUCUCAGCUGUGUCUCCUGAGAACAAGUGCUGUCUCCGCCAUAACCUCAAGGCCGUUAUGACAUUUGAGAAAAUUAACAAUAAUUUAAUAGUAUCGUAUCACCCACA